CUAAAAUCUAAAGUUUAUUCAUAAAAAGAGAAAUAUAGAUGAGAAUUAAAAUUGGUUGAACGGAAUCAAUUACAUACAGUAAUGGCAAAGUUAUUGGUUCAGGCUUGUAGCAGUGAUGGAAUAAACUGCAGGCUCAAAUCAAGUCUCUGGAGUACAUCCAUAGCUUGGAUGGGCCAUUCAGUCCUUUGUUCAGAGCUUCAGUUUGUAGCAAAGUUCCUACAGAGGUAAGAAGCAGGAUUGAAGACAAAAUGGAGAUGAUUCAGCUGCCUUUUAUAGUCCUUUUGCCAUGUGGCUUGUGCUUCCUUUGUUCCAAACACCAGCUACCCAGCAUAUAGCAUGGAAAAACCGUAGAGUUCUGUUCAUAGGCAUGUCCCUGCAUGCCUUGCUGGGUCACAAGGUGUAUCUGCCUUCUCUCAAUGGGUCAGUUGUAUAGCUGAUGGUCCUUAAUCAAACAGGCUAGGCAGUGCUGAUGCCAAACCAUGUGGGAUAUCACCCAGAAGCACAGCACAAGUUUGAAAUACACACAGUAUAGAGCCAAUACGUAUAACCAUAAAUACAAAAAUGAUACAUACAUACAGAAAGCAUAAUCACAACCAGCAAAUCAUAACCUUUUCAUGGAUACCCCACUUGACCUCCUUUGUACAAGAUCUGGUGCCACCAUAUGACCUUGGUUGCAACAAUGAUCUAUAUGGUCACAGUUCAUAUCACUAACAUCACAGGGUUACACCACCUUUUGGAAGGGAAAAGAACCACACAAAGAUAGAAUCCAUGGAGUGGGAAUUGCCAUCAAGACCAAACUCUUGCAACGUCUUGAAGACUUUCCAAUAGGCAUUAACAAAAGACUCAUGAAACUCUGGUUGCCACUAAAUAAGUUGCGAUUUGCUACCAUCAUCAGUGCAUAUGCGCCCACCUUUACAAGCCCUGACGAUGCUAAGAAAUGGUUCUUAGAUUCAUAGAUAUUUAGGUCAGAAGGGACCAUUAUGAUCAUCUAGUCUGACCUCCUGCACAACGCAGGCCACAGAAUUUCACCCACCACUCCUACAAAAAAACCUCACACCUAUAUCUGUGCUAUUGAAGUCCUCAAAUUGUAGUUUAAAGACCUCAAGGAGCAGAGAAUCCUCCAGCAAGUGACCCGUGCCCCAUGCUACAGAGGAAGGCGAAAAACCUCCAGGGCCUUCCAAUCUGCCCUGGAGGAAAAUUCCUUCCCGACCCCAAAUACGGUGAUCAGCUAAACCCUGAGCAUAUGGGCAAGAUAUGGUUCUAUUCUGAUGUCGACUUUCUCAUCAAGUCAAUACCACAAAGUGACAAACUAAUCGUCCUAGGAGAUUUCAGUGCAAGAGUAUCUAAAGAUAACAACUGGCAAGGUGUCACUCGGAAAAAUGGCAUUGGAAAAAUGAACGAAAAUGGUCUCCUACUCCCAAGCAAGUGUGCAGAACAUAGCCUGACAAUUACAAAUACCAUCUUCAGACAGGCAGACAAAUAUAAAACUACCUGGAUGCACCCCAGAUCCAAACAGUGGCAUCUAAUAGAUUACAUCAUUGUCCGACAAUGUGACAUAAGGGAUGCCAGGGUCAUCAGAGCCAUGCAUGGAGCAGAAUGUUGGACGAAUGAUUAGGUCAAAUACUGAAUCUACACAUUGUACCCACAUGCCUGAAACACCCCAAAACAAUCAAGAUGUCCCCUGAUAAUUGUUAAACUAAACCAUGCAUCCUAUCGAGACAAGCUACAAAGUGCACUAGAAACCAACCUUGGUGAUAACCCUGUUUCAUGGGAGGAAUUCAGAGACACAGUACAAAAAAACAAACUGCAACUGAUGUCCUUGGUCACCGUGACUAGUUUAAUUAAAAUGAUGAGGAAAUCACAGUACCCCUGAAAGAAAAAAAUGAGGCUUUCCAAAUCUGGCAAAAUGAUAUUCAGUUCACCUCAAAGAGAGACAGAUUUAAACACCUGCAAAGCACGGCACAAAGACAACUACACCUGAUACAAGAUAAAUGGUGGGAGAAGGUAGCAGAAGACACUCAAAUGUAUGCAGAAACAAAUGAAACAAAGAAAUUCUUUGAUUCCUUGAAGCUAGUACAUGGACUUUCAAAAGUGGGCACAGGUUCGCUCAUGACGGCUGAUUGCAGGACAGUCAUCAAAGACAAACACGGUAUGGGUUGAACAUUUCAGCCAACUACUGAACAGACCAUCGUCAAUUGAAACAAGUGCUAUUAUUCAGAUACCUCAAAAGCCGAUUCAGCACCACCUUGACUCACCACCCUCUCUUGAAGAAAUAGAAAAGCCAAUCAGUUUGAUCAGCUCAGGAAAGUCCUUGGGCAGACAUGGAAUACUGGCAGAAAUAUAUAAAUCUGCGGGUCCAAAGGUGGUAACUAACAUUCCAGAAGAUCCUUACUGACAUCUGGGAAAUGCCAGAUGACUUCAAAAAAGAAAUGCCACAAGACUUCAAAGAUGCCACAAUUGUUCCUUUAUUUAAAAAUGAAGGCAGCAAAUUGGUCUGUGAUAACUACUGUGGGAUAUCUCUCCAUCUGUUGCUGGAAAAAUCUUUGCUCGUGUCCUCCUGAACCAACUCAUUUCAUCUGUCUCAGAAGCCAAUCUACCUGAGACACAGUGCAGAUUCAGACCUGGUCGUAGCACCAUAGACAUGAAUUUCAGUAUCUGGCAAAUACAAGAAAAAUGCAUCAAAUAAAACAUGAAUGUGUUUAGUGUUUUCACUGAUCCGACCAAAGCAUUUGAUACAGUCAAUAGAGAAGGAUUAUGGAUGAUCCUCAGCAAACUUGGUUGCCACCAAAACUGGUAAAGAUCAUUUGUUUAUUUCAUGAGGGAUGCAAGGUCAGAUACUUUUUUAUGGAGAGCUCACUGACUCAUUUCCCAUUUCAAACGGAGUCAAACAAGGCUGUGUCCUUGCCCCUGUACUGUUCAAUCUCUUCUUCACGCAAGUUCUCAACCAUGCUACAAAUGGGCUCAACAGAGGCAUAUACAUCAGAUACAGACACAACAGCUCAGCCUUCAAUCUUACAAGGCUUAAAGCAAAAACAAAAGUAACAGAACUACUAAUAAGAGAAGCACUCUUUGAGGAUGAUUGUGCCCUCUAGCGCACACACAGAGAGAUCUCCAAUGCAUCGUAGAUCGCUUCGCUGAAGCAUCACAAUUGUUUGGCCUCACAAUCAGCCUGGAGAAAACUGUGGUGUUGCACCAAUCAUCUUCACUGGUCCAUGCCAUAUCCCCUACCAUAUCCAUUAGUGGAAUCCAGCUGAAACAACUUGACAGUUUUGCCUAUCUCGGCAGCAACAUCUCCAAUAAUGGAUCUCUUGACAAAGAGAUCAUGAACAGGAUAGAGAAAGCUUCUCAAUCAUUAGAAAAGCUACGUAACUAAGUCCUGAAAUCCCGCAACAUAACCCUCUCAACAAAAAUAAAACUUUAAUGCUUUUGUGCUCACAUCCCUCCUGUACAGCUGUGAGACCUGGACACCAUACAAAUGGCAUAUCAAACCGCUAGAGGCCUUCCAUAUGCGAUCUCUGCACACCAGUAUGGGGAUCCGCAGAACAAAAUUACCAACCUGAAAGUUCUCCAAAAGUCAAAUGACAUAAGUAUCGAGGCCAUGCUGAUUAAAAACCCAACUACGCUGGGUUGGACACAUCAUUAGGAUGCCUGAAUAUCAACUCCCCAGAAAAAUUUUCUGUGGAGAAUUGACACAAGGACAUUGGAAUCAAGGCUGCCCCAGAAUGCAUUACAGAGACAGCAUCAAGAACUGCAUACACCUUGGUGCAAUAAACCCAGAUCUUGAGAAGGCUGCAUUAAAUAGAUCAGCAUGGCAACACACAGCACUCUGAGCUUUUCAAGCCUUUGAAAAGGACAGAAAUAAUCUCUUGUUAGCUGCAAGGAAAAAGCAUCAUACCACUGCUAUAGCUACCAAGAUGCAAACCACUGAUUUUGUUUGCCUGAUCUUCUCACGAGCAUGCGCGUCACGCUUUGGACAUCAGAGUCACUCAAGAAUCCACAAAAAGAGAAUAUGAAAACAUCAUUGUCGAACCAACAGACUACACACACGUACAGCUAUUUCUAGAUAUUCCAUGGACAGGAGAUUAUUUUAUAUGCUGAUAACCUCUUGUAUAUGUGUGCUCUCUCGCUAACCUUCAAUCCUUCAUGUGCUGCAUAAGCUCAAGGAGUUAGAGAUAAUUUUGUUCUAUAAUCAUCAUUUGGUACCAUAAAUUUCCAAAGCAGAUGACACAUUACAUGCCCCCAAAGUGAUCAGUUUUAGACAAACCAGAAAUAACAUAGGAAGAGUCAGAGGUGGGUGGGACAAUGGUUAUAAGUGAAUCUAGGUGCCUUGGCUAAGUGUUCCUUUCUUUAAAUAAACCUAAAUAAAAUAAAAUAUAAGACAUAUUAGACUGUGUGUGAAGUUUGUGAUUGCUGUUUCUGUUUUUUUAUCUGAGAAGUUGGCAGGGCAAAAGAGAAGAUGUAUGUAAUAUAUACAAUAUUAGAGAAAAUUACAAUAUCAUUGUUAAAAAGUGGAUGUAAAUUUUCUGUAUCAGUGCUUCAUGGUUAUUCAGUUUGUGAUACAGUGCUCGUAUCCAUAAGCUAAUUUGUCAGUCUCAAGAAGCAGAAAUUGCAAACUCACUGUCACAUUUGAAUCUUUCACAAUGCAGCAAAAUCCACCAGCUAGCAACGAAUUUAGCGAACUGUGACUAGAAGCAUACUGCAGCUGAUGCUGCCAUCAUUAUUUGGACUGGCUGCCUGCUGUGCGGCUAUUAUUUUAGGAUCUCAUCAUUGGUUUCUUAAGGAAGCCCCACUCCUACACACACAAAUCAGGAGUAAGAUUUAAAAGCUCCUUUCAAGACAAAAAGGAGCAAUAAUGUUUGAGAGAGGCAACAAAAGAGAGCAGUCAUCAGAAUAGGCUUGCACUGGGAAGACAAUACAAACAGAACAGGAAGGAAUGACAAUAGAUGGAAAUGUUCCUCUGAAAGAUGAAUCUGAUGAGGAGUGCUAAGUGAAGUGUACUGAACAUCAGCUUGGGUGAAGGCAGGAGAAUAAGCCAUAAAACAUCAUUUGAAGUUACACUGGCUAGAUGGUAGAUUUUCUGUCUUGGCAGGGGGUUACAUUAGAUGACCCUUGUGGUCCCUUCUAACCCUGUGGUUCUAUGAUUCUGACUUUAAGAUUAACAGUCUCACAGUCAUAUUCAAAUGUUUAUAAUCAAAAUUUUAGUGCUUUAUGGACAAAGGAUGUACAGUAUAUUAAAAGCAGCACCCUACCAACAUAGUUCCAUUCAAAUCAGUGGUGUACUAUAGAAGUGGUAUGGCCCUUGAGUGUGUAAUAUCAUGUAUACCAGCUGAUGUUACAUCUAGUGCUGCUCUCUACCCACAUUAAUAAGCCCUAUACUUUGCAAAACUGGAUACUACAACAAAUGGCAAGGAUCACAAAUCAGGAAUACAUCAACAAAUAGUCUCCAAUUUUAAAAGUAAGAAUUUGUUAACUUAGAACAAUAAGAAAUGCAGAAAUAAAAAUACCAGGUUUGUGUAUAAUGCAGAUACAUUUAAAUAAUAAGUGAGUGAGGCACUAUGUACUGAGAUGCAGCCAAGUGUAAUUUCUAAGGACCUACGUAAACACAGUCUCAAUAUAUAAAUUGUUAUUAGACAUCCUUGAGUAUCUGUGCAUUGUACAUAAACAUGUAUUAUUAGAGAUCACGAUGUGGGAAUAUGCUGCUCCCUCUUCUUUCAAUGAGGAAAUCAAACCCCUUCCCUGUUUUAUCAUUUUUAAGGUUAUUUCUCAUAACAUUUUAGCAGUGGUGAUCCCUGCCUCUUUUGUAAGGCCCCCCUUUUUUCACAAGAUCCUGGAAUUUGUUCUUUAUACCACAAUUUUAAAUUUUCUUCCAAUUUUUUUUAAUAUCCUUGGCUUGCUGCCACUAUUAACUACUGUAGGAGUAUGUAUAAGCUUGUAUGACUUACAAGUUUGCUAACAUACAGUGUUUUAUUAAUAGCUGGCAACAUGUAUGACAUCACUAAGCACAGCGGGGCCAUGGUGUGCUGGAGGCUACUACCCAGCUAGCACUUGUUUGGUCACAUCUGCGAUACAGACAUACCCUCUGCUUUUAUUCUGACCCUGCCUGUGUAUUUCAUCCUGUUAAAAUAAUGCAGGGGGCUGGACUAGAUGACAUCUGGGAUCUCAAUGCCCUUUUCAGCCAAACAUUUCUACGAUUGCAGGCCAGCAGAGUCUGACCAGUUCAGAGGAAGAUGCCCUGGCUUUGGAGGGAUGUUUUCCCGGUGGAGAUGGAAGGUUUUGUAGCAUAUGUCUGAGGAGGGUGGAUUUGAACGGUAAUUUUACAUCUCUCUCUGAUCCUCCUGUCACUUAGCAUAGGUCAAUAAAACCGCUGCAGCAGACCCCUGUCUGACUCGGGCUGCGAAGCUAUAACAUUACAAUGUGGAUGUUUGCACUUGGGCUGGAGCCUGGCCUCUGGGAAGACCCAGAGCAGAGCCUAAACCUCUCUACACUGCAAUUGUGUAGCCCCUGGAGCUGGAACCAGCCUAGAGGGGCCAGGCACAGGUGUUUAAUUGCAGCGUAAACAUACUCUCUGAGCUCAGCUAGCCGGGGCAUGGGCUAGUGAGGUCAGGGGAGGGCUGCCCAUGGCCCCACGGCUGCAGUACACCUCACAGUCUUUAAGGCCUUUGUUCUCACAGCACCCCAGGGCGCGGAGGUGGGGUUAGGCCAUCGGAGGUCCGGAGCUGAGGCCCAGAGCUGCCCAUCUCCUACUGCUGUCAAUGGGAGUUAGGGGCCUAAGUACCUUUGAGGACUGGAGCCAACCCGACCUGCCCACAGCCACACCUGGGGCCGGGGCACUCGCCCACCUGCGGGGCCUGCAGCUCCCAGAGCCCCACCUGGCCGUGACCGGCCGCCGACCCUGGGCUCCCGCCUUACACUGACACCUCUGCGGCUCCUUCGCCGUUGCGCCCGUGGGAGUGGGGCGCGGCGCCUCGGGGUGUGGAAGGGAGGCGGGGCCCGGGCUCUCCGGGUGCGGCGGGGAUGAAGAGCGGACAUGGCGGCGGCCGGUGGCGUCUCCUCGCUGCGCUCCUGCCUGCUGCGCCUGGGGAGAAGGCGACCCCGGCCCGGCGGCUACAGCAGCAGCUGCUCCCCGCGCAGAGCCGCCAGUGAUGAAGCAACCAUUAUCUCAGGGACUCAGCUUGCUAAAGAAGUCUAUAAAGAAGUCCAGAGGGAUGUAGAAUCAUGGAUGUCCCUCGGGAACAAGAGACCUCAUCUCACUGUCAUUUUAGUAGGGGACAACCCAGCCAGUCAUACAUAUGUAAGAAAUAAGAUGAAGGCAGCUGCUGCUGUAGGCAUUUGUAGUGAGAUAAUACUGAAGCCUAAAGACAUUUCUCAGGAAGAACUUUUAGAUCUGACUGCCAAAUUAAACCAUGAUUCAAGAGUUAAUGGUAUAUUAAUCCAGCUACCUCUUCCAGAUCAUAUAGAUGAACGAACAGUCUGCAAUAUUGUUGCACCUGAAAAGGAUGUGGAUGGAUUCCAUAUUAUCAACAUUGGACGACUGUGUCUCGAUCAACCUUCUGUUAUACCUGCCACAGCUGCUGCUGUUUGGGAAAUUAUAAAAAGAACAGGAAUACAAACAUUUGGAAAAAAUGUUGUUGUCGCUGGACGAUCUAAGAAUGUAGGAAUGCCUAUUUCAAUGCUUUUACAUACAGACGGAGAGCAUGAAAGGCCUGGAGGUGAUGCUACAGUGACAAUUACUCACAGAUAUACUCCAAAAGAGCAGCUGAAGAUCCAUACCCAACUAGCUGACAUUAUAAUAGUAGCUGCAGGUAUUCCAAAGUUGAUUACAGCUGAUAUGGUUAAAGAAGGUGCAGCUGUGAUUGAUGUAGGAAUCAACCAUAUCCAUGACCCUCUGACACGGAAAACCAAAUUAGUAGGGGAUGUGGACUUUGAAGAGGUAAAGAAGAAAGCUGGCUUUAUCACUCCAGUCCCCGGAGGAGUAGGACCUAUGACUGUUGCCAUGCUCUUGAAGAACACGCUCAUUACUGCUAAAAAGCUCAUUUACUAGAGAGCUACUGCUACACUGAAAAAUGAAUCCAAGUCAUUCUAUUUAUUGAUACAUAAAACAUUUAUUUUUUACUACAAAUAUAUUUAUUUCUACAUUGUAUUUAUUUUUUCAUGUAAAAUAUUAUGAAUCCGAUGAUGAUUUACAAAAUGUUGCAAUACCUUAUGUUACCUCCUGCAGCUGAAUUGUGAGUAAAACAAAGUGCAGUUACAGCUUU